AUGCUCUCGAUCAAAAGCUCUUCUGACUACAAUGAAUUUAUGGCCUUGCGCGCCACUCUUGAGAAAAACAGAACUCAAGAUAUUAGCAAGCUACAAAAGAAACGCGCCUUUACUGUUUGCGAAGAUGCGAUGAUUAAGUUUCUCGCUCAAAGGUACAAUGGUGAUAUUAAUUGGAAGGAAAUUGCUCAGCAAGUACCUGGAAAGACUACGCGCCAAUGUAGGGAACGUUACCAAACUUAUUUAGCCCCUGGUAUUAAUGUUGCACCUUUCACGAGAGAAGAAGACGAGCUUCUCCUUCAAAAGGUUAGUGAAUUAGGAUCAAAAUGGUCUGUUAUUUCUCAAUUUUUUAAUGGUCGUUCAGCAAAUUCUUUGAAAAACAGAUACAACGUGCAUAUAGUACACCGCGGAAGGAAUACAAAACAACACAGUGAAUUUUCUUCUGAUAAUAUGACUAUUCAGCAAGCUCCUCAUGAAAAUAAUAAUUCAGCCUUUAAUCAACCAAUUCGAUAUCCACCAAUCACCAACCUGAUUCAAUAUGCUCUAAGUGUAGAUGGAAAUCCUAUUGAUAUAAAUUCCUACAUUUACAUUCCUCAGAGCUGCAAUUAA